AUGCUUUGGCCUGAUUAUUAUUUGAUAAAUAAUAGUGGACAAUUAGAAUGUUUUGAUGAGGAUAAGAAGAAUUGUACUCUUGCAAAGAUAUACCCUGAUGUUGUCGUAGAUUAUGAGCCUAGGCGUUGUUUUGAUAAGUGUGAUGAAAUUGUUACUACUACAAGAACACCUACUAAUAGUACAGGAACCACAAUUAAGGCUACUAAUAAAUUGCCAAAAUUAAAAAAUAUUAACGGAACAAUUUAA